AUGGAGACCCCGACACACCAAGCUUGGCACGAAUGGGUACACGGCCUUCCCGCGCUCUCCACAAUGCAAGCACAGAGAUCUCCCUUCAAUCCAGCCGGCACCGUCCCAGACCUUCACAUCUUUGCAGACGCAAGCCCGCGGGCCUACGGAGCGGUUGCGUACGUACGCACCUACAAGGCUCCCGGGGGUGUCAGCUCCCACCUUCUCAUCGCCAAAGGACGCAUUGCACCAUUGAAGACGGUCACUCUUCCCCGUUUAGAGCUCCUUGUCUGCCUUCUCGCCGCUAGACUGUUCAAGAGCAUCUGUGACGUCAUACCUGCCCUGCAGUCACGGGUCACGUUGUGGACGGACUCUCAAAUUGCACUGCACUGGAUAAAGAAUGGGAAGAUGACUCAGUCGCAGAAUCCUCAGUUUGUCGAGGGGCGCUCACGAGAGGUUCGCCAGCUUACGGACCCGGCUCGAUGGUGUCACUGCGACGCGAAAAGCAACCCGGCUGACUUGCUCACGAGGGGAAUCACCGCGACUGAGCUGCUCCACAGCAAGCUGUUGUGA